AUGGAGAACGCUCACACAAAGACGGUGGAGGAAGUUUACAGCCAUUUCAACGUGAACGAAAGCACAGGUCUCGGUGUAGACCAGGUGAAGAGGCAGCGGGAAAAAUGGGGACCUAACGGUGAGUAAUAAAAAAAUAAAAAAGUGAUAUAUCCCUUGCCUGGCAACACGCUGCACGGCCUGUUAGCUAGCUAGCAUUCUUCAGCAACCGGCACGGUUGAAAAAAUAUUGGUGACGUCAUGAGCAUGUUCAGUCUGACAGACAAUGACUGUAAAAAAUAAAUAAAAAAGACUGAAAUAAUUUAUGUAAAAUAAAAUGCUGUACAUUUAAAAUGAUCUGCCGGUUCUAAACGAUGUUCAGUACCUAUGUCUUGGCUAUGUUUAGUUCCUCCAGUCCACGUCUAUCUAAUGUAAUUUCCCUUUUGAAACACUUUUUCGGAAAACAUUCAUGUUUUGUUGUAGCAGUUUUUCUCAACUCCACGAUGUACAUCGCAUCAAUUCCUUCAGAAAGUAAUCACACCCCUUGAGACUUUUUCCAUAUUUUGUUGUUGCAGACUGAUUUUAAAAUUGAAUGAAUUGAUAUUUUGUGUCAUACACUAUACACAUACACAAUACCCCAUAAGGUCAAAGUGGAAUUAUGUUUUACACAUUUAAUUAAAAAUGAAAAGCUGAAAUGUCUUGAGUCAAUAACUAUUCAGCCCUUUUGAUAUGGCAAGCCUAAAUACGUUCAGGAGUAAAAAUGUGCUUAAGUUGCAUGGACUCACUGAGUGCAAUAAUAGUGUUUAACAUGAUUUUUGUAAGACUACUUAAUCUCUGUAGCCACACAUACAAUUAUCUUUAAGUGAAUUUCAAACCUAGAUUCAACCACAAAGACCAGGGAGGUUUCCAAUGCUUCGCAAAGAAGGGCACCUAUUGGUAGAUGGGUAAAAGCAGACAUUGAAUAUCCCUUUGAGCAUGGUGAAGUUAUUAAUUACACUUUGGAUGGUGUAUCAAUACAGUCACUACAAAGAUACAGAUGUCCUUCCUAACUCAGUUGCUGGAGAGGAAGGAAACUGCUCAGGGAUUUCACCAUGAGGCCACUGGUGACUUUAAAACAGUUAGUUUAAUGGCUGUGAUAGAACGGAGGAUGGAUCAACAUUGUACUUACUCCACAAUACUAACUUAAUGAUAGCGUGAAAAGGAAGCCUGUACAGAAUAAAAAUAUAUUUUUAAAAAUGCAUUCUGUUUGUAAUAAGGCACUAAAUUUAAACUACAAAAACAUUUGGUAAAGAAAUUAACUUCAUGUCCUGAAUACAAAGCGCUAUGUUUGGGGCAAAUCCAACACAACACGUCACUGAGUACCACUCUACGUAUUUUCAAGCAUGGUGGUGGCUGCAUCAUGUUAUGGGUAUACUUGUCAUCGGCUAGGACUAGGAAGGUUUUUAGGAUAAAAAUAAAUGGAAUAGAGCUAAGCACAGGCAAAAUCCUAGAGGGAAACCUGGUUCAGUCUGCUUUCCAACAGACUCUGGAAGACAAAUUCACCUUUCAGCAGGACAAUAACCUAAAACACAAGGCCAAAUAUACACUUGAGUUGCUUGCCCAGAUGACAUUGAAUGUUCCUGAGUGGCCUAGUUACAGUUUUGACUUAAAUCGGCUUGAAAAUCUAUGGCAAGACUUGAAAAUGGCUGUCAAGUAAUGAUCAACAAUCAACUUGAGAGCUUUAAAAAAUAUAUAUAUAUAUAUAUAAUUUGCUAAUAUUGUACAAUUCAGGUGUGCAAAGUUCUUAGACUGUAAUCGCUGCCAAAGGUGAUUCUAACGUAUUGACUCGGGUGUGAAUACUUAUGUAAAUUAGGUAUUUCUGUAUUUCAUUUGCAAAAAUUUCUGAUCUAGUUUUCACUUUGUCAUUGUGUGGAGAUGGGUGAGAUAAUCCAUUUUGAGUUCAGUUUGUAACACAACAAAAUGUGGAAUAAGUCAAGGCGUAUGAAUACUUUCUGAAGGCUCUGCACAUAUGGUUGAGAAACCCAGCUAGCUAGUUAUGUUGUAACAUUCCGGGACACGCUCUUUUCACUCUACUUUGAUACAAAGUGAUUUUUGUAGUCGGUUACGAGAGCAUUUUCACUAACCCUUAUCCUAACCUGCUGCGUAAGUUCUCCUAACCCGUUACGAAAAAGUCACUUUGGUAUCGAAGUGGCAUAAAGAGUGUUUCCCGUAACAUUUCUCUCUCACUGUUGUCCUCUUUCCGGUGUGGUAUCCCUUGGAUGAAUUGCAGAAUUGCCUGCUGAGGAGGGUAAGCAAAUCAUUUCUUUUUGGAUAAUUUACUUAUUCUAAAGCCACAUUUAGAAGGUAUCCCGUUAUUUGGAUGCAAUCAAACCCUCUAUUUUGUUCUCUUAGGAAAAUCUUUAUGGGAACUGGUGGUUGAACAGUUUGAAGAUCUGCUUGUGAGGAUUCUUCUUCUUGCAGCCUGCAUAUCCUUUGUAAGUAUAAAAUGACUCAAUUCAGGCACAUCAGGAUCAUAGUAAGGUUCAUAUCUGUCCAGAAUAAGUAUAUGAGCAUAAUUGGGGCACGCACAUCUCUUCUAGGGCAGAUAGUACUGAAUAGGGUUUUCUUUAGGGCUCAAACACACCAAUGGUGUUUGCCUGCCGAGAGUACUUGUGAACCAAUUUUACAUGUUGAAUUGCACUGAAAAUGUCAGCAGUCGGAUGUCAACAGCGCGCUGAACGAUUUGUAGACAAACGGGAGAUCCACAUUCAGUGCGAUGUGUGCCACCAUUUAGAAAAUGCAAGCCCCUAGGUUUUCAUUAGGCUAAUGCCCACAGCUCAAGCCUCAUGAUGGAUUUAUAUAGAAUCUGUCUCUAUUCUGGUGAAAAUGUAAUGGUGAACUGGCGUUUGUCCAGUAAUAUAGGAAUAAUUGGUUAUUGCUCCUACUUGUAUGUCUUUACAUCUUAGUUUACUGCAUUGGAAUGAGGGGUGUGAGUGGGGGACAGCUGAGAAAGUUAUCCUAGUCUGCUAUGUUGAGAACAUAAUUGAUGGAGAUAGAAACUCAAUCUGUUAGUUAGUCACUGGUCGUCAGCCAUUUACUUACACAUUGUUUUGAGCCUCCCUUUUCUGCUUUUGCCCAAUUAUGCCUCUUCUACUCCCUGUAGUAUGAUCCUAUCCAAUCCCUUUUAAAAUCCUUCAGGGGUAAAAGUUGAUCUGGACAUCAACGAUGCUUGUGUUUUAUUUCAUAAGUGGCCUCACCAGUCGUGACAGAUCCCGGUGAGUGCCGAGUUCACCUCUCAGCCAGCAGCAUACCACCCUGAAGGCCGCUGCUGGCUUGCCUCUGAAGCUAAGCAGGGUUGGUCCUGGUCGGUCCCUGGAUGGGAGACCAAAUGCUGCUGGAAGUGGUGUUGCAGGGCUAGUAGGAGGCACUAUUUCAUCUGUUCUAAAAAAAAAAAUAUCCCAAUGCCCCAGGGCAGUGAUUGGGGACAUUGCCCUGUGUAGGGUGCCGUCUUUCGGAUGGGAUGUUAAACGGGUGGCUCAUUCAUCCAUCCUCCUCUCCCCUGUAACUAUUCCCCAAGUCGUUGCUGUAAAUGAGAAUGUGUUCUCAGUGAACUUACCUGGUAAAAUAAGGCUUAAAUAAAUACAAAUGCAAUACAACAUUUUCCUUCCUGUAGCCCAGUGGUUCUCAAACCUCUCCUCGGGGACCCCCAGAUGUUUCUCAAUUUUCUGGUGUAGCCCUCAACUAGCUCACCUGAUUCACGUAGUCCAGGGCUUGAUGAUUAGUUGGCAAGUUGAAUCAGGUGUGCUAGCUCUGGAAUAGAUCAAAUACAUGGAAUGGCUGGGGGUCCCCGAGGAGAGUUUUGAGAACCACUGCUCUAGCCUAGUUGGCUGAUAUUCAAUGCCACCUCGCUGUAAAUAUCACCAGCAGCAAGGACACAUGGUGAUGAUGGUCAGGAAUCUAGCCUGUAAAUCACAUCCAGUAUUAGGCAGAUCACACACACUCAAGUCCCGAGUGUGCUUGAGCUGUCAAGCUGUUCACAUUUGACAUUUGAUUUGAUAGGCUGUACCUCAGUGUUAGGAGGAGGAGAAUCCUAUGUGACACAUUUCUGGUUCUGGCCUAGAUUCUGAUUGAGCGGACAAGUUACUCCUGUCCCUGUUCUGAAAUAGUCUGAGAAACCUCUCCCAUUCUCUGGAGAAGAUUUGCUGAAUUGGGACUGAAACGCUGUCAUUACGCUCAAUACAUUUACUAAUGCACAGUAGAGAGAGGCUUUCAAUCCCCUAUUUAUAGCUCAAAUGAUUGUCAUUAUAUUAUUGACUGUGUUUUUGCCAGAGAGCUUGACAAGGCUAAUUAGUUGGCCUUUAUAAAUACUGUUGUGUGGGAGGCUACCACUCCAGCCCUUUGAAGUGUAGACUAGUUUGAGAUGUACAGUUGUCAGUAACUUCUACCAUUGUACCCUCCAUUUCUCAGUCAUUUCUGGGAGGUAAAAUGUUUGUGCCUCAUCAGAUUGAUUUGAUCUCUUACGUAAUCUGGUCAAUCAAACUGCGCUGGUUAAAACCUAUGCAUCCGAUUUCAGUGGCUGAGAAGGAGGACUUUAUGGAAAUGUCACCACUUCAAAGAGUGGUCGCUCGCUGUUUUCAGAUAGAGGAUUGAAUGCUUAGCCAAAGGCUGGGUGCCUGAACAGGAUAGAGUUGUGCGGUGCUUUGAAUUUGAACUACUACAGUUAUUAGCAAUAGCAUGUUCAACUAGGGCUGUGACGGUCAUGGAAUUUUGGAUGAUGUUUGUCAGCCAAUUGACCGCGGUCACCGUUAUAAUUGUUCUAAUGGCAAAACAAAUGUUUUCUUUUUUAUUUAAGACACACAUUUUCAACUCUCCUCCGCUCCUGAAUGCCUGUGCUCCUGCAAAAUGUGCAUGAAAGUUAGCUAGCUAGCUAAUGUGCUUGCUAGCUUAACCAGUCUCCAAAUCAAUCCAUAUGAAAUGAAAGAUAUGCUAACAACGCCAGUUCACACACGCUCAAUGCUGAAUACGCCCUCUAGCUAGCUAGUGAAGUGAAGUUCUUGCAAAUGGCACAAUGUUUUCAUGAUAACGCAGUUUCUGUUCUGCCGUGGUUAGUGCACUGCUCUCUCUUGUUCAUUGAGAGUCACUAUUGGCUGCUUGAUUUGUCACUAUAAGUCGCUAGAUUACGUUUUGCCCUUGCCGCGAUGACGUCACAGCACAAAUUUGCCUUGUUGCCGCACAGCUGCGGUUCCCCCUCUUUACAUUUUUUAAAUUAUACUUCUUUGGAUGAGUUCCACAAUUUGUUACACGGAUGGCUCCAGGCAACUGUGUCGCGUUAGAAUAAUGGCACCUGUCGGAAGAUGAUGCACGUUGUAAAGUUACCGUGGACACAAACUCAACUGCAUGAAUGCCCCGCUGUUCCGUCUUCAGUCAGCUGUUCGUUCCACAUACAUUUUUCCCUCACUGUAUAUAUAAAAAAAUGUAUUUGAUUCCCUGCUGAUUUUGUACGUUUGCCCACUGACAAAGAAAUUAUCAGUCUAUGAUUUGAAUGGUAGGUUUAUUUGAACAGUGAGCGACAGAAUAACAACAACAAAAUCCAGAAAAACGCAUGUCAAAAAUGUUAUAAGUUGAUUUGCAUUUUAAUGAGGGAAAUAAAUAUUUGACCCCUCUGCAAAAUAUGACUUACUACUUAGUGGCAAAACCCUUGUUGGCAAUCACAGAGGUCAGACGUUUCUUGUAGUUGGCCACCAGGUUUGCACACAUCUCAGGAGGGGUUUUGUCCCACUCCUUUUUGCAGAUCUUCUCCAAGUCAUUAAGGUUUCGAGGCUGACGUUUGGCAACUCGAACCUUCAGCUCCCUCCACAUAUUUUCUAUGGGAUUAAGGUCUGGAGAUUGGCUAGGCCACUCCAGGACCUUAAUGUGCUUCUUCUUGAGCCACUCCUUUGUUGCCUUGGCCGUGUGUUUUGGGUCAUUGUCAUGCUGGAAUACCCAUCCACGACCCAUUUUCAAUGCCCUGGCUGAGGGAAGGAGGUUCUCACCCAAGAUUUGACGGUACAUGGCCCCGUCCAUCGUCCCUUUUGAUGCGGUGAAGUUAUCCUGUCCCCUUAGCAGAAAAACACCCCCAAAGCAUAAUGUGUCCACCUCCAUGAUUGACAGUGGGGAUGGUGUUCUUGGGGUCAUAGGCAGCAUUCCUCCUCCUCCAAACACGGCGAGUUGAGUUGAUGCCAAAGAGCUCAAUUUUGGUCUCAUCUGACCACAACACUUUCACCUAGUUCUCCUCUGAAUCAUUCAGAUGUUCAUUGGCAAACUUCAGACGGGCCUGUAUAUGUGCUUUCUUGAGCAGGGGGACCUUGCGGGCACUGCAGGAUUUCAGUCCUUCACGGCAUAGUGUGUUACCAAUUGUUUUCUUGGUGACUAUGGUCCCAGCUGCCUUGAGAUCAUUGACAAGAUCCUUCCAUGUAGUUCUGGGCUGAUUCCUCACCGUUCUCAUGAUCAUUGCAACUCCACGAGGUGAGAUCUUGCAUGGAGCCCCAGGCCGAGGGAGACUGACAGUUAUUUUGUGUUUCUUCCAUUUGCGAAUAAUCGCACCAACUGUUGUCACCUUCUCACCAAGCUGCUUGGCGAUGGUCUUGUAGCCCAUUCCAGCCUUGUGUAGGUCUACAAUCUUGUCCCUGACAUCCUUGGAGAGCUCUUUGGUCUUGGCCAUGGUGGAGUUUGGAAUCUGAUUGAUUGCUUCUGUGGACAGGUGUCUUUUAUACAGGUAACAAGCUGAGAUUAGGAGCACUCCCUUUAAGAGUGUGCUCCUAAUCUCAGCUCGUUACCUGUAUAAAAGACACCUGGGAGCCAGAAAUGUUUCUGAUUUGAGAUGGGGUCAAAUACUUAUUUCCCUCAUUAAAAUGCAAAUCAAUUUAUAACAUUUUUGACAUGCGUUUUUCUGGAUUUUGUUGUUGUUAUUCUGUCUCUCACUGUUCAAAUAAACCUACCAUUAAAAUUAUAGACUGAUCAUUUCUUUGUCAGUGGGCAAACGUACAAAAUCAGCAGGGGAUCAAAUACUUUUUUCCCUCACUGUAGACUACCGGUCAAACGUUUUAGAACACUUACUCAUUCAAGGGUUUUGCUUUAUUUUUUACUAUUUUCAACAUUGUAGAAUAAUAGUGAAGACCUUAAAACUAUGAAAUAAUACACAUGGAAACAUGUAGUAACCAAAAAAGUAUUUUAUAUUUGAGAUUCUUCAAAUAGCCACCCUUUGCCUUGAUGACAGCUUUGCACACUUGGCAUUCUCUCAAUCAGCUUCAUGAGGUAGUCACCUGGAAUUCAUUUCAAUUAACAGGUGUGCCUUUUUAAAAGUUAAUUUGUGGAAUUUCUUUCCUCCUUAAUGCGUUUGAGCCAAUCAGUUGUGUUGUGACGAUGUUGAGGGGGGUAUACAGAAGAUAGCCCUAUUUGCUAAAAGACCAAGUCUAUAUUAUGGCAAAAACGGCUCAAAUAAGCAAAGAGAAACGUCAGUCCAUCGUUACUUUAAGACAUGAAGGUCAGUCAAUCUGGAAAAUUUCAAGAACUUUCAAAGUUUCGUCAAGUGCAGUCGCAAAAACCAUAAAGCACUAUGAUGGAACUGGCUCUCAUGAGGACCGCCACAGGAAUGGAAGACCCAGAGUUACCUCUGCUGCAGAGGAUAAGUUCAUUAGAGUUACCAGCCUCAGAAAUUGCAGCCCAAAUAAAUGCUUCACAGAGUUCAAGUAACAGACACAUCUCAACAUCAACUGUUCAGAGACUCGGAAUGUAUAAAACAUUGACUCAGGCCUUCGUGGUCGAAUUGCUGCAAAGAAACCACUACUAAAGGACACCAAUAAGAAGAAGAGACUUGCUUGGGCCAAGAAACACGAGCAAUGGACAUUAGACCGGUGGAAAUGUGUCCUUUGGUCUAGAGUCCAAAUUGGCGUUAUGAUGUGGGGGGUGCUUUGCUGGUGACACUGUCUGUGAUUUAUUUAGAAUUCAAGGCACACUUAACCAGCAUGGCUACCACAGCAUUCUGCAGCGAUACGCCAUCCCAUCUGGUUUGGGCUUAGUGGGACUAUCAUUUGGUUAUCAACAGGACAAUGACCCAACACACCUCCCAGGCUGUGUAAGGCCUAUUUGACUAAGAAGGAGAGUGAUGGAGUGCUGCAUCAGAUGACCUGGCCUCCACAAUCCCCCGACCUCAACCCAAUUGAGAUGUUUUGGGAUGAGUCGGACAGCAGAGUGAAGGAAAAACAGCCAACAAGUGCUCAACAUAUGUGGGAACUCCUUCAAGACUGUUGGAAAAGCAUUCCAGGUGAAGCUGGUUGAGAGUAUGCCAAGAGUGUGCAAAGCUGUCAUCAAGGAAAAGGGUGGCUACUUUGAAAAAUCUCAAAUAUAUUUUGAUAUAACACUUUUUUUUUGGUUACUAAAAUACAUAAUUCCAUUUGUGUUAUCAUAGUUUUGAUUUCUUCACUAUUUUUCUACAGUGUAGAAAAUAAUAAAAAAUAAAGAAAAACCCUUGAAUGAGUAGGUGUUGUAAAACUUUUGACCGGUAGUGUAUACUUUUUUUUAAACGUAUGACUUGUUUUAUUUUCAUGACGAUUUUCAUCCAUAAUCGGUGGUUAAACGAUUAUACAAUUACCACGCUAGCCAUAUGUUCAACAUUGGAUUUGAUUGAUGUAACUGGAAGUCCUUGCACAAGGCGCUGAUGUGUAGCAUUUGUCCACUGACAUCUCUUUGCAAUAGCAUUCGCUUGCCUAGAUGUAUAGAUGCCAAGGUCUUGGAUGGGCUUGUGCUGACCACAUUUUCAGCCCAGACGAGCCUUGUCACUCUCCAAAUGCUAUUUUCACCCAAAUUGAAUAACUCCUUGUUACCAAGUGAUGGCCUUUGCCCUGAUUUUGCAAUAUUGCUCCUGGCUCUGCUACCUUGCCUCUGGCUCGCCUCAUCUCUAGUGUUGCGCGAAACUUCUGUACUUUUUCGAUACAAAACACGUGUUUUUUACAUUGGAUAAAAGCAGAGACACAGAGCUACAAAAUGGUAUAUCAUUUAUCAUUAUAUCAAAGUAAUUCUGCUCAGCCCAGUCAAAGCUAUUUGCUGCUCUGGCACCCCAAUGGUGGAACAAGCUCCCCCAUGAUGCCAGGACAGCAGAGUCACUGACCACCUUCCGGAGACACUUGAAACCCUACCUCUUUAAGGAAUACCUGGAAUAGUAUAACAGUAAUCCUUUUACCCCCCCCAUAAAAAAAAAAGGGUGGUUGUCCCACUGGCUAUCCUAGGUUGAAUGCACCAAUUUGUAAGUCGCUCUGGAUAAGAGCAUCUGCUAAAUGACUUAAAUGUAAAAUAAACUUGUGAUCUCACUUUUGAGAAAAUGGUCUUUGAAUGUUUUGGUACCUACUGAAGAGCUCUUCUUUGUCAAUACCUUUUUUAAACUUAUAAAGAUUUUAUAAGUGUGAAUAUUUGUAGCUAUUUUUUAUGUAAAUACCUGCACUCAACUUGUGCAAUACGUUUGGAGAUAAAUCGGAUCGAGUUCUUCAUUUCACCUGUCACAAUUUUACAUUUUGAAGCUUACCGGUAGUCCCAGCCACGUGGUGUUUGUUUACCAGCGCACAACGACGAGAGACCGGAGGCUUGUGAGUCAUUCACUGUUGUGCAGCCAGGUGAUCUAGUUACAGUAUGGAUUUCACCACAAAAUGUUUGCAAGCUAGAUAUCUUAUAAAUAUUUGGGUCAACUGUCUAAAAUGUGCUAAAUGCUCUGCAGUUGUGCAUUUGGUUGACUAAUUUAGCUAAGUGGUUAGCUUCUUUCAAAAUCAAGUUUUGCUUGGUAACAGUAGAGAAUUCCCUCCUGGAUCAAGAGCCUUGCUGUCUAAUAUUUGCUUUGUCCAUGGAGCAAAUUGUGAAUAGUAUUUUUUUUGUUACUUGUAUAACUUCAUGAGCUGGGAUUUCUGUCUUUACAAAUACUUUAGGUAAGAGACUGUAUAAAAUGUUCUCAAUGCUCUCGUUAGCAUUCUCUAUGGGAAUUGCAUGUACUUGUUUAGUAUUGCUAACCUUCGGGUUACAAUAGUGCCCCUUGUGUUCAAUGCUGGUAUUACCGAAUAUCCUGGUAUGGCACAAGGUCUGUAUGAAGGUAUGACAAUCUGGAUACCGCCCAAGCAUAGUUGCUUGUACAUUUGUUUUAUUUAGACCUUUUCUGGAAGUACAUGGCGGACCAUUUUUACCAUUCAAAUAAAUUAUCAUUAUGUUAUUAGAGCCCGACCAAUAAAUCUGUUGACCGAUUUAUUAUUGGACGAUAUUAGCCUUUCACGUAAAUAUUUAUAUCUGUCCUUAUUCCUCAGAUAAAGCACCAAUAUUCUAUAUAUAGAAUGAACAAAUACGUCUGGUCAUUUUUUAAAUGUUUCAAUGGUUGCCUGAAGAGGGCGCUCCACAAGCUGUUCAUUGAAUAAUAUUCAAUCUGUAAAUCAUGACGUGGGCAUGGUUGUUUGACAGUGAGUAGCUUGCCAGCGACAGCGUAAUUUGAAUAAGUAAAUAAUCAAAAGUACACUUCACCAAGCAAGCAGCCCUGUUCUCAUAGCUAGCCAGCAAUGUAGUUUGGGCCUAUCUAGCCAGCAAGGUAGUUAGCCUAGCUAGUGAUCAAUCUUUGCUACUUAACCUUGAUACAACUCAACCUUGAUACAAAAAUAACACAGUUACUGUCUGGGCCUAUUAAGUUAGUGAGCUUACUUAGUUUUGCAAUCUGCAAAAAGCAUGACAGUUGGCGCAGAUCUAUAAUUCAGGCCAUGCUUGCUUGCAUUCAUGAUGAGAAGAUUGUUUGAUAGCUAGCUAAAUUAGAACGUGUGUGACUAAAACCAGUGCGGCGAGCAUUUUCCUGCAUAAAAGUUUUCAGUCAUGACUUUUUGCUGAUUGCAUAUUUGGGAAAACUAAAUAAGCUCACUAACUUAAUAGGCCCAGACAGUAACGGUGCCAUUUGCAGUUGAAAUAUACAGUGUACAAAACAUUAGGAACACCUUCCUAACAUUGAGUUGCACCCCCAACAUUUGCCCUCAGAACAGCCUCAAUUCAUUGUGGCAAAAGCGUUCCGCAGGGAUGCUGGCGCAUGUUGACGCCAAUGCUUCCCACGGUUGUGUUAAGUUGAUUGGAUGUCCUUUGGGUGGUGGACCAUUCUUGAUACACAUGGGGAAACUGAGCAUGAAAAACCCAGCAGCGUUGCAGUUCUUGACACAUUCAAAUUGUUGCGCCUGGCACCUACUAUCAUACCCCGUCCAAAGGCACUUAAAUAUUUUGUCUUUCCCAGUCACCCUCUGAAUGGCACACAUUCACAAUCCAUGUCUCAAUUGUCUCUAGGCUUAAAAAUCCUUCUUUAACCUGUCUCCUCUCCUUCAUCUACACUGAUUUGAAGUGGAUUUAACAAGUGACAUCAAUAAGGGAUCAUGGCAUUCACCUGGUCCGUCUGUCAUGGAAAGAGCAGGUGCUCCUAAUGUUUUAUACAUUCCGUGUAUAGCUAGCAAAUACAUUUAGUAUUGAAUUAGUGUAAUUUCAAUUAUGGUUUCAGGAAGAAAACAUUUCGUAAUGAACAGCUAGCGUAUGCUUGUCAUAACAAGCUCUCAUUGCGAGGUUGCCAUAGUGUUUCUUUACAUGACCUUUAACUUGUAAAGCACUAGUGAAUUUACUCAAUACAAAUGCUGACGCUGACAUCUAGUGGUUAAAUGACUUAGUGCAUGUGACACUAGAUCCAAACUGUUACAGACCUAUAUCCAUCCUGCCCUGCCUUUUCGAAAGUAUUUGAAAGCCAAGCUAACAAACAGAUCACCGACCAUUUCGAAUCCCACUGUACCUUCUCCGCUAUGCAAUCUGGUUUCCGAGCUGGUCAUGGGUGCACCUCAGCCACGCUCAAGGUCCUAAACGAUAUUAUAACCGCGAUCGAUAAUAGACAGUACUGUGCAGCCGUCUUCAUCGACCUGGCCAAGGCUUUUGACUCUGUCAAUCACAGCAUUCUUAUUGGCAGACUAAAUAGCCUUGGUUUCUCAAAUGACUGCCUCGCCUGGUUCACCAACUACUUCUCAGAGUUCAAUGUGUCAAAUUGGAGGGCCUGUUGUCUGGACCUCUGGCAGUCUCUAUGGGGGUGCCACAGGGUUCAAUUCUCGGGCCGACUCUAUUCUCUCUGUAUAUCAAUGACGUCGCUCUUGCUGCUGGUGACUCAGAUCCACCUCUACGCAGACGACACCAUUUUGUAUACAUCUGGCCCUUCAUUGGACACUGUUAACAAACCUCCAAACGAGCUUCAAUGCCAUACAACACUCCUUCCGUGGCCUCCAACUGCUCUUAAACACUAGUAAAACUAAAUGCAUGCUCCAAUCGAACGCUGCUUCUGCCCGCCCGCCCGACUAGAAUCACUACUCUCGGCGGGUCUGACUUAGAAUAUGUGGACAACUACAAAUACCUAGGUGUCUGGUUAGACCGUAAACUCUCCUUCUAGACUCACAUUAUGCAUCUCCAAUCCAAAGUUAAAUCUAGAAUCGGCUUCCAAUUUUGCAACAAAGCCUCCUUCACUCAUGCUGCUAAACAUGCCCUCGUAAAACUGACUAUCCUACCGAUCCUUGACUUCGGCGAUGUCAUUUACAAAAUAGCUUCCAACACUCUACUCAGCAAAUUGGAUGUAGUCUAUCACAGUGCCAUCCGUUUUGUCACCAAAGCCCCAUAUACUACCCACCAUUGUGACCUGUACGCUCUCGUUGCCUGGCCCUCACUACAUAUUCGUCGCCAAACCCACUGGCUCCAGGUCAUCUAUAAAUCACUUCUAGGCAAAUCCCUGCCUUAUCUUAGAUCAUUGGUCACCAUAGCAACACCCACCCGUAGUAUGCGUUCCAGCAGGUAUAUCUCACUGGUCAUCCCCAAAGCCAACACCUCCUUUGGUCGCCAUUCCUUCCAGUUCUCUGCUGCAAAUGACUGGAACGAACUGCAAACAUUCCUGAAGCUGGAGACUCUUAUCUCCCUCACUAUCUUUAAGCAUCAGUUGUCAGAGCAGCUUACCGAUCACUGCACCUGUACACAGCCCAUCUGUAAUUAGCCCACCCAACUACCUCAUCCCCAUAUUGUUAUUUACAUUAUUUAUUUUGCUCAUUUGCACCCCAGUAUCUCUAUUUGCACAUCAUCUUAUGCACAUCUAUCACUCCAGUGUUAAUGAUAAAUUGUAAUUAUUUUGCACUGGCCUAUUUAUUGCCUUACCUCCAUAACUUACUACAUUUGCACAUACUGUAUAUAGAUUUUCUAUUGUUUUAUUGACUGUACGUUUUAUUUAUUCCAUAUGUAACUCUGUUGUGUUUAUCGCACUGCUUUGCUUUAUCUUGGCCAGGUCACAGUUGUAAAUGAGAACUUGUUCUCAAUUGGCUUACCUGGUUAAAUAAAGGUGAAAUAAAAUAAAAAUGUUACUGCAUUUCACUGCAUAGUUUGUGAACAGUGCAGUUUCAGAUUUACUUUGAGACAGUUUAAUUCAUUUGGCCCUUGUUUAUUAGUGUGCUUGUGAUGCUUCAGCACAAACACUUCUGCAUUCUUAUCCACUGCCAUAGAAAAAUCUUUAAGUUGUACAUAAGGUAAACUGAACAAGUGUUUUGUAUUUACUUUCGUAUUUAUAGAGGGUGCAGUUGCUUUUUGGUGGUUCAUGUAAACCACAAAUAAAAUGUUAUUUAAUUAAUGUUACUUUUAGUGUUUUAGUUAAGAAAUUAUUUAGAGUAUCUGUUAAUCCUUUGGAACACAAUUUGUGUAAAAAAGGUCUGGUUUUCAUUCCACCUCUAAAAAAACAAACAAUAUAUCGACAGAUCGGUAAUCAGUGACUUUUGCCUCCUUAAAAUCGAUAUCGGACCCAAAAAUCCCAUAUAAUUCGAGUUGUAGUUAAAUUUGGUAAAAACAAAGUCAAAUGAAUUUAAUUUAUGCAUAAGUGGCUGUCAGAUUUUUUUUUUUAAACCUCAUAUUUAUCAAGUAUCGUGAUACCAAACCUGGUAUCGAAGUAAAAAUUCUGCUAUCGUUACAAGACUAAUCUCCUCUACAUCCUAAAGCUGAUAUCUGGUUGAGAUGUUAAUAUCUGGUAGGGCAUAAUAUGCCUAAAGCUGUUAUGCAUGUAUUUUUGAGUAUUGCUGUCUGACUUGUCUGCCUAUUUUCCUCUGUUAGGCGCUGGCCUGGUUCGAGGAGGGAGAGGAGACCAUCACAGCCUUCGUUGAGCCUUUUGUAAUUUUGCUGAUUCUUAUAGCCAAUGCCAUCGUGGGUGUCUGGCAGGUAAGCAUAUAUUUUACAACCUUUUCCUUUUAAUAUGGUUAGCUUAGUUAUUCUUUGGGUUGGAUAGACUGUCCCACCCUAAGAGUAAUCGUUAAUUGAUUGUAGUAGGCCUAGCUUAUGAUGGGAUCAGGCCACGUCUACAGGCCAUAUACCCCCCCCCCCCCCCCCCCCACACUUAUAUUUUCCUACUAGCACUGAUGACCUCUUUAUUGAGGACAAUGAUAUGUGCUUGUCUCACCUAAUAGGGGUGUAAUGAUUAACCGAUAUUCAUUAAGAUUCAAAUGUUUAAGAUUGAAGUGCAUCUGUCUGCAGACCCCAAACCUAUCCAAAUAUAGCAUACAUCGGUCAGAAAACCAAUUCCGGUUCACAUGUUUUUGUUGUUGCUCAUAUUACAUUCUGUCUACCUUCUGAAAAUACCUCAUCUUUUGUGACAACUCUCUUUCAGUGUCAAACUGCAUGUAACUGCAAUGACAGUCAUUGAUCUACAAGUUAUUUUGCAUGUGUGCCAAAUAACCUCAGGCAAUAUCGGUAGCCUAGUCAAACUGCGCGAUUUGCUUUCGUUUUGGCCCUGACCAAGGCGAGGUAGGCGGCCUGUUCCUGAUCUUGCACAUAUACGCGGCACGUUCAGCAUUCAAGUGAUAAAAGGGCUUUCGUGAUAUUAGGCUUUAUUAGUUGAGUGACAACCUAUGUUCUAGGUUAUCUAUGUUUCACUGGAAUGAAAGUAAGCUACCGGAGACAACUCUCCUCUGGCUACCUGCUGAACGGGGCUUACAAUGGAUUUUAUUUUGAUUCAGGUUCACCAUCAGCAAUAGUUUUUGGUAGUUUUGGUUUAAAAAAGUGUAUACUGUCAUUUUUAGAUAUACAGGGUAAAGUUUCUAAUUUCAUAACGAGCAGUCAGUUUUGCAAGGUGCACUGCAUGGCCGAUGCAAGAGGAUAUGAUCUCUCUGUAGUGAAAUAUGUUAGGGAAUAUUGAUCGUAACAUGGUUUCACAACUAAACAUAUUUAAUUAAACAGUUUUUUUUAGUUUUUCUGCCGUGCGUAGGAUACGGUAGGCUAUGUUUUGUAUAACGGCACAAUCAUUAUUUUAAUUCAAGGUUUCUUUCGGCCUUGGACUCCUAUUCAUAAACUCUAAUAUGCUUGUUGGAUAUUUUUUGAAUUAAUUCUCACCUUAGAAAGUGCUGGUCAUUUCGUUCUGUUAAGCUUUGAAACAACAUCCACAGGGACCAUGUUUUCCACUCAGUUUCAACCUGUUGAACUUCUUUCAUCAAAUUGAUCAAUCACCGUGAGGUGAGUUUUAAAAGCACAUACUGUUUUGAUAAGUGUUUUGUGUUUUUCCAUUGCAUUUGCGUUGACGUCAGGGGUUAGAGGGGCAAUGGAGCCCUGAGUACCAGGCCAUUAGCGACCUGAUGGUCGUUGGCGAGAUGGGCACUACCAACACAUGUCCAGAGUGCAUAAAAGGAGAUUACCGUGACCGUCACGUGAAAUCUUACUGCGGUCAUGACUCAUAACUGCCGGUGUGGCAGUAAUAUGGUCACCGCAACAGCACUAGUUGUGCUAUAUAUUAAUUGGGUGUUUUCAUAGCUAAUUUGUAAAUGAUAAAUAUUGAUGCAUUACUAGCUCGAGCACUUAAUCUGCAAAAAUGGCAUGUCAAUUAGUGGGUGAUGGGGAUUUCAGAUCGAAAGUGGGGAGACAAAACAACAGGCUACUUUGAUUGCCUCACUCACUGUAAAUUGAGAGAAUUGAUUGUGUGCAUGAUGAAGAAAUGUAAGAAACUGAAAUGAUAGACACAUGGUAGCAAACAUGUUUUUUCCCUUGCUGGUGUAAUGACAAGGCUUCUGGGUCACUCCAGUCAGUGACCACCAUUAGUUGCCUGUGAUUGGCCACUGAGCUGGUUCCCCUGACGGAAAAGGCAGGGAUUGGAUGCCAGGAAGAGGAUUUGGAGGGAUCCCCGUGGACGUCUUCUGGUCAGUUCGUCUGCCUGUCCAAACGAUCCUUCAAACCUCCGGGGAGAGAGAAUGCCAUGAACAAAAAGACAGUUAAAAAUAGAUACAAUCUUUGAGCUGAACCAGAGGCUUUUUGUCCUCUGUUGUGACACAGGAGAAUGAAGCUAUACACUGGGCAUUAUGGCAUGUAGCUAUCCACGUUUUAAAACCCUAGUCAUUUAGUUUAGAAGUUGAAGUCAGUAGGUUGAAUCAUGGCUGUGUAAUGGUGUUGCCAGCCCAGUGCGUUAACAAAAAAAAAAAUACUUGAUGGAGAAGAAUAGUGAAACUUUAGUUAUGAGGGGGAAAAAAGGAGUAGCCUAUAUGAAUGGUUUUCAAUGUAAAACUCCCGAUCUAGAUAACAAUCCCCAUCCAGGCUAAAGAUAGAGCAGGCAUCCCACUGGAGCCCCUGGGCCUGGAGCAGAGAGAGGAGAGGUCCUAUUUUCCUCUCUGCCUUUCUUAGUCACCCUGAAACCCUCGUCCCGCUUUCUUCUCCUUGGUUUUAUUUUCAUCUGCGUUCAUUACCCUGACUGGCCUGAGAAGCCCUGGCCUUACCCCAGCCCCCCCUCCCCUACCACAUGCCAAGUUCUCCCUCAGUCUUUAGUCCUUUUUUAUUUUUUAUCCCUGAAUGUGACAACCUCAAUGGUUGUACCGGUAUGCCUCUCUGCGUGUGCUUUCCCCUGGACUUCUGGCUUAGUCCAGGGGGUUAAAGUGGCCUAUUGAUUUGGCCGUGUGCACCUGGGUGGCAGGAGCAGGCUUGGAGGCACACAGCCUAAUUACCUUGCUUUUUGCUCAGUGUCUUUUCAAUCUGAAUUGGAGCGGAGGCAGGAGCGGAUCACCCUAGAGUGGGGCCUGCUCGUGGGGCACAGGGACUCCUAGCAUCAGCCUGGCGGAUGGCAACACAAGAUUUUAAAAGAACACAGUAAAUAAUGCCGGGCAUCUCUGCAACCGAGGCGGCUACAGGCCAGUUAGUGUAGGGGGAUGGAAGUGAUGGGUUUACCAUAUUCUAAAUGUGUUAUCAUAUCGUGUGUAUUUCACUCUUGACACCUGUUGCCUAGGAAUUAGAUUAAUCACAUUUUAAUGUAGUUUUGUGAGGUAGAUUGACAAUUAAUCUCUUGAGGCACAGACUAAGGUUGUGGACAGGUGAUUAAAUGACAAAAGAUUGUCCUGUUGGGUACAUGUCCACCCACAGCCUGAGGGAAACCCAUUAAAUCAGGUUCAUACAGAGUCUGUCUGUUUAGUUAUACCUUUUUGGUCAAUAGUGUCAUUGACCACUGGAGUUUAGUAUAGAGCAGUCUUUCUUGCCUUAUGGCUUUUACAUCCUGCCAAUCUGUGGAUUUCUGAGAGAUUCCUCAACCAAGAGGAUGAAAUCUGUCUCUAGCCAUAGAACCCUGUGGUGAGUUGUUCUAUUCAGAAUACACCCUGGCUGCGUCAAACCUCUCAUCGAUAGCCAAGUGUUUUCUAAAUGUGCAAGAUGUAAAUUAUAUUACCCAAAUUUCAAAAGGACUCAUUGUAAUUCACAACAUUCUCUGGUUUCCUUUUUGGUCCUAUUGUUUUUUCGUUUGUGUAUGAUGAGAGAUCCACAGAUCAGCAUUGUAAAUACUGUGAUAUUUCUGUCUGACUAUUACAAUAUUCAAUGAUCUGUGGUUGGAUGCACUUCUCUCUUGGGUUUGAUUGAUUUGCCUCCUUGAGGGUCACUGUUCAAGUGAUCAUUUUCAUUGUUGAACCAUCUCUAAAUGCUCUUUGGAAUUUUGUGGGGGAUCUUGUCAUCAACCCCACACUUAAAGUUUACAUUAUCUCUGUGAAUAAUAUUGAUUAAUCUGGUGGCUUUUGUCUUACAGGAGCGAAAUGCAGAGAACGCUAUUGAAGCGCUCAAAGAGUACGAGCCGGAGAUGGGCAAGGUGUACCGGCAGGACAGGAAGAGUGUGCAGAGAAUCAAGUCCAGGGACCUUGUACCAGGGGACAUCGUGGAGGUGGCUGGUAAGAUGCUUCUAAUACACUGAGUGGUGAUCAAACCUCUCUGUAGAAACGGGCUAUUAACUGAUUAUUUGUCAACCAACCCCGCACAUGACUGCCCUUUUAUAGACAAGCAAACUCUGUCCCAGUGAUGUACAGUGCAUUCGGAAAGUAUUCAGACCCCUUGAUUUUUCCACAUUUUGUACGUUACAGCCUUAUUCUAAAAUUGAUUAAAUUGUUUUUUUUACUCAUCAAUCUACACACAAUACCCAAUAAUAACAAAGCAAAAACAGGUUUUUAAGAAAUUUUUACAAAUCUAUAAAUAAAAAAACCAGGAAAUAUCACAUUUACUUAAGUAUUCAGACCCUUUGGCAGCAAUUACAGCCUUGAGUCUUCUUGGGAAUGACGCUACAAGCUUGAGGAGUUUCUCCCACUCUUCUCUGCAGAUCCUCUCAAGCUCUGUCAGGUUGGAUGGGGAGUGUCGCUACACAGCUAUUUUCAGGUCUCUCCAGAGAUAUUGGGUUCAAGUCCGGGCUCUGGCUGGGUCACUCAAGGACAUUCAGAGACUUGUCCCUAAGCCAUUCCUGCUUUGUCUUGGCUGUGUGCUUAAGGUCGUUGUCUUGUUGGAAGGUGAACCUUCGCCCCAGUCUGAGGUCCUGAGCGCUCUGGAGCAGGUUUUUAUCAAGGAUCUCUCUGUACUUUGCUCCGUUCAUCUUUCCUCGAUCCUGACUAGUCUCUCUGCCGCUGAACCCCCCCCCCCCCCCCCCACAGCAUUAUGCUGCCACCACCAGGCUUCACCUUAGGGAUGGUGCCAGGUUUCCUCCAGACGUGACACUUGGCAUUCAGGCCAAAGAGUUCAAUCUUUGUUUCAUCAGACCAGAGAAUGUGGUUUCUCAUGGUCUGAGUCCUUAAAGUGCCUUUUGGCAAAUUCCAAGUGGGCGGUCAUGUGCCUUUUACUGAGGAAUGGCUUCCGUCUGGCCACUACCAUAAAGGCCUGAUUGGUGGAGUGCUGCAGAGAUGGUUGUCCUUCUGGAAGGUUCUCCCAUCUCCACAGAGGAACUCUAGAGCUCUGUCCGUGACCAUAGGGUUCAUGGUCACCUCCCUGACCAAGGCACUUCUCCCCCGAUUGCUCAGUUAGGCCGGGCGGCCAGUUCUAGGAAGAGUCUUGGUGGUUCCAAACUUCUUCCAUUUAAGAAUGAUGGAGGCCACUGUGUUCUUGGGGACCUUCAAUGCUGCAGACAUUUUUUGGUACCCUUCCCCAGAACUGUGCCUCGACACAAUCCUGUCUCUGAGCUCUACGGACAAUUCCUUCGACCUCGUGGCUUGGUUUUUGCUCAGACAUGCACUGUCAUCUGUGGGACCUUAUAUAGACAGGUGUUUGCCUUUCCAAAUCAUGUCCAAUCAAUUUAACUUAUUAAUUUUUUUGUGGGUAUUUUACCCCCUUUUUUUUCUCCCCAAUUUUGAUCUUGUCUCAUCGCUGCAAAUCCCCGCCAAACCGCGCUUCUUAACACCUGCCUGCUUAACCCGGAAGCCAGAUGCACCAAUGUGUAGGAGGAAACACUUGUGAUGCAGCCCGGGAUCGAACCCAGGUCUGUAGUGACUGCUCGAACACUGCGACGCAGUGCCUUAAACCGCUGCGCCACUCGGGAGGCCCCCCAAUCAAUUGAAUUUACCACAGGUGGACUCCAAUCAAGUUGUAGAAACAUCUCAAGGAUGAUCAAUGGAAACAGGAUGCAGCUGAGCUCAUUUUCGAGUCUCAUAGUAAAGGGUCUGAGUACUUACGUAAAUAAGGUAUUUCUGUUUUUUAUUUUUAAUACAUCUGCAAAAAUUUCUAAACUUGUUUUCGCUUUGUCAUUAUGGGGUAUUGUGUGUGUGUGUGUAGAUUGAUGAGGGAAAACAUUAUUUAAUACAUUUUAGAAUAAGGCUGUAACGUAAUUUUUUUUUGAUAAAGUCAAGAUGUCUGAAUACUCAGACUUUAAAAAAAAAAAAAUUAUGCAGGUCUGUCUGUUUUUAGGUGUGUGUCUUUGUGUGGGUGUGUUUUUGUAUUUCAUUUAUGUGUUCCUGUGUUUGUUUUAGAGGGCAUGCAUGUUCUUUCAUGUAUGUAGAUGGAGCUCUUUGAUCUGAGUGCUCUGAUAAUAAGCAGAGCGGGAUCAAAGCUGUGUUGCUCCUGAUCUCUGCUGCGCUCUCCCCAGUCACCCUGUCACCACCACUAAACCCCGAGAUCAGACACCACCUGGCAUUGGCUCUGCUAAUUGAUUUACAGACACAUUCACUGAAAUUGAUGAACCCAAACAGUCUUUGAUCUUGGCUGGUAAAUGUUUCAAUGUCUGAUGUAGACAAAACUUAGAGAGAUGAGCGCUACCUUUAUAGAAUUUGACCGUACUUAAUCACUUGCAAUGAGAGACAUUAGAAAGCUCUAAGCAGUUGACGGUCACGCUACUGCCAACAACAGAUAUUCUCAAUGUAAAACUGGCCACUGUUUCUCUCUCUAGAGGGAGAGACUGGGUGCGGUUGUUUGCAUGUGAACUCCCCCUAUGCUGUUGUAAAAUCUACCUGUACGUCACCAGGCUGCAGUGGAACGUGCUUGAGAUGAAAGAUUAACUAGGCUCUGCUAAAAAGGGAAGUUAUUUGCCAUAGCAGGCUCUCAUCAACAAUGUUUGGGAUGUAGAUGAGUCUCUCCCCCAACUUGCACAUCCACCCUGCUGAACACUGCUCAUCUCCCUGACUAAUCCAGUACAAUGGCUGCACCAGGUGAGUGGAGCUGUUACAUAAGACCAUGAGAGCUGUAAACCGAUUUGAGAGGGUCAUUCAAAAUGAGUUGAGUCUCUGUGUGUGGGCGAGUGAAGGAGGGGUUGUGUGAUUGCUUGGACAUGGGGAUCGGAUAUGGGAAAAGAAUAGGGUUACAGUGAAACCAGAAUACAGCGGCCUCAAUCCCCAUGCCCCCUCAGUCUUUGGAUCCACAACCCUUUCCAUGGCUUCCUUCCUCUUGUCACCUGGACCUGGCCUCCUCACAGAUUGACUAUUCUCCUUCAGCGUCACCAAUACAUCGCCCUGUCCUUUCCCCUUUUUCUCUCCUCGUCUUGCGCUCUCUGUCACCCAGCUUCCUAGAAAAUGACUUUUCUUUCUCUCUCUGCCUCAAAGGAAAGGUUGGGGGGGGGGUUAGCCUAUAACUUAUAUAUAUGCCCUUUCCCACUCCUGCCACCACACUAAGGACGUGGAAUGAAGGGCUUUGGUUAACCCCUCACUCUCCAAUCCCGGAGUAACUAGGGUAACUACAUACCAAUGAGGCAGAGUAUGUGGACAUUUUUUGCGGUGAGUAAGUAGAGGAGUUGAUGCAUGACUCGUAUGCUAAGUCACUAAGUGUCAUGUUAAAAGCAGCAUCUGCUUUAUGUCCUGGCCUCCCGACCCACCCACACCCCUCACUCACCUCUUCCCGUGAAGGUUGAGUCAGAGCUGACAGGCUGGGCUGGAGACAGCAGUGACCUUGAAAGUCUACCAGCAAGACGACACCUACCUACCUUCCACAUUUGUAUUCAUUAGUUUACUUGUCAGUGACCCUGCACAGUUUUUGACACACAUCAAAAUUGUCCAAUCAGUCUCACACACACUCUGAUUAGGUGCUCAUCUGCAUACAACCAAGCCAAUCAGUGCGGUCUCAUCAGGUCAAAACCCAACCGCCACACCUGCCUCCCUUUAGACGACAUCAAUGGUCAGAUAUCUGCCUACUGUUGCACCAUAAUAAACACGUUUUCCAUGACUGAGCGGUUUCAUGUAACUUGCUCAAAAUAGUCUGUCCCGAACUCUUUCUCCCCCAAAAUGUGUUUGCCAGCCAUUGGUACUGGCUGCUUCCUGGUGGACUUUGGGUUCACAGCGGUGGUGCUAACGAGUGGAGGGGACGACCUCAAUAUGAGCUGUGGCGCGUGCCAGAAACAUGAGACUGCCUUCACCAUCACCUCUGCUGUGGCUUUCACUUUAACUGCCUGGCUUGAGUGGCUUCAUCCCCCCUUAGAGGGAGAGGGCGACUAUGCAUUCUACCAGGACACAUGUGAGGUGGGAACGAGAGUGGGAGCCUGUGCUUAGCAGCUGUCAAGCCUAGGUUUAGCCUCCAGUGCUAACAGUAGCAUUCUCGGGCACUCUGUGAAAGGUUGCCUGCUAGUUGGCUGUCAGAACAGCAGCAGUUCUUUUCAUCUUUCGCCAGCUCUCCUUCAGGACUUUUUUUUUCAUUCCGCUGAGAUGUCACCUCUCACCACCAUCCCUUUCAGUAUUCAGACCCUCACCGGCCAACAGCUACUCUGUUGCCUUGGCAAUAACCCUGACCCCUUCGAGCCACAACAUCCUGUAUAUAGGAAUCAAACAAGCGCUCUCUCUCUCACUACACAUCCACCAUGGCAGGGGACUCUCAGAAUAGGUGAAACGACCCGGGAAACUGCAGGCUUACGUGCAACCUCGCCAGGGAGUCGUAGGAGCACUGGCCACUGAUGUUUCUGGACUCCCCCAUGUAGACGGAGCCCUGGGUGAAUGUAUACCUGUUUACCAGGACAGGAGGGGUGAUAUGACCUACUCUCCCCCCCCCCCCCCCCCCCCCCCCCCCCCCCCCCGCUUGUGGUCUGCAGUAACAUGUUUUACACAGCUCCACACAUGCAUACAAGAGCACCACUGCAGCUAAGGACAGGUUCCAUGUCACAACGCGUGCACAUGCAUUAGUGAAUGUUAAUCUUUGUGCUGAAAAGGAUACCCUUGGCCUUUGUGGGCUGAAGUGUGUGUUGCCUCCGAUUUUUAUCUCUCUCUGAGAGGAUCUUUGAGAUGUCGGGGGGAUGAAAAAGGUACUCAACCUGGAAACGACAGUCUGUCCCGUUCUCAGAACGUUGAGCUGCUAAAUAAAGCUUCCUCCAUGCUGAUGGAGAGGGUGACUUCUACAACUUCUAAUGCAGGCUAGUUCACACGUCCUCACAUUUUUAGAACCCCAUGUCUGUGGUCUGCAGUGGAAAGAGUCAGUUAGGAUUAUCAAAACCACAUCGACGUCUGAGGACACGGUGUGAUACUCGGCCCUGCACAAUGACUAAUGGCACGGAUAAGGUUGUGCGUUUCUCCUAAUGAACUGUGAAUUAUUUAUCUAUGGAGUUAUUAGUAAAUGACCCUCAUUGACCCUGCUUUUUGGAUUCCCCGUUGAUGGCACCGAUCCAUCCUACUCUUGUCAAACAUGUUUUGAGCAGCUUGUCUAAUGAACUAACAGCUUGACGAACAGCUUUUCUAAUGAAGACCUAUUCUUACAGGCGCUCUGCUCUCAUUGUCAUCAAAAGUAGGUUACCCUACUAUUCAUGACCCUCUUAACCAACCCGAUGUGUAUAUUGGGAACAUGCUCCACUGUUAGCUAGUUUGGUUUAGGGGCAUUUUGAUAGUGGAUCUUUAUAAAUUGAGUCCACAGGGGGUGGGGGAAAUAUUUAGUAUAUUCUGCACUUGUAUUUGUUGUUGUUGAUCUACCCUCAUCUCACUCCUCCCAAUCCAUCCUUCAAUCUCCUGCUGUUGAAAUUGAUCUAGUUUGACGCCUGGUGGGUGAUAAUGACGUUUUUGACAGCCACCAAGGAUGAGGAGAAUAGCGCUCCAUUUCAAACUUUACUGCUGGAGUUGGCACAGUUAAGGCCAGAGUUUUAUCAGAAUGUUGGGAGGGAUAAAGCUAGACAUAAGUAGCUGUUUCUAUUGCCUAGCCACUUGUCCCCAGUGCUGGCUAGGUGGCCUCCCCUGUUCCAUAAGGCCCAUAGAAGAAACUCCUGCCCAGCAGUGUUCACAUCUAAACCCACACUACUGCACUGUAGAACUGAUCAAAAUAGUUUUCCCAUUUUUGGAUGUGUGUUUUGCGUAGGGCUAUCCCCGACAAAAGAAAAUCCUGGUUGACCGGAUUUCUUUUGGUGUAUUUUUCCAAAUAGACACACCUUAUGUGUUUUAAUAAAAUAAACUAUAUGCUUUAAGCGAACUGUUUGAUGAAAUAAGACACAAAUGACUCGAGGAAGCCAGAGAUAAAGAUAACUUAACCUGACCCAACCAUCCUCCUCCCGCUCCUGCUGGCUUACACAGAUUCUGCCUUUACUCUCCAGAAGUUGCCGGUAAUAGGCUACAUGAGGAGUCAGCAACCUUUCUCAUGUGGAAUGCCAAUUUAUCUUACAAUUUCUACCGAUCUGCGUGCCAGUUGUGGUUUUCAUAUGCACAUUUUCGUGGAACAGUAGCGCUCGAAACAAAAGACAAUGACUAAAUUGACAAAAAUCGUAAAUGGAAUUAAAUAAACCAAAACUUGUUUCUCACAAGUGUAGCAUAAGUUGUGAGCUCUGCAAACAACGUAUCCACUGUAAAAGACUGGAAUAAUAAUAUAUUGAAUGCAUUAACAGAAAUUACCAUAACUAAACAAAUAUUGUAGAUUAGAAAUGAUAGGAAUUAAUGGUAAAUGUACUACUGGUGAUAUAUUUAAUGGGGAAUUGAUGGACACUAACAAUCAAGGAAAACAAUUCACACAAUGAAGUUAAGAAACAAUGAAUGUGCACAAAUUGGAGAGAGAGAGCACAUUCUGGAGAAAGACGUGUGUUGUGCGUCUUGGCCACACUCCCCUUCUUGGAUUGUGCCAUCCACGUGGCCCCACGCAACGGAUUAGUUCACUGAGAUGGGCACGACUCAGACGUUUGUCUCAUGUGCCAUAAAAAAAUAUCGAUAUAUUUGCUAAUGCUCUGGAAAAAAAAAUAUAUAUAUAUAUAUUGGUCGACCAACAGCCUGUCGACUAAUUGGGGUCAGCCCUAGUUUUGCAUGUCGGACAGUAGGCCUUCCCUUCAGUCUUUCUCUAUAUGAAGUAGUUGGAGUAAAUACACAGUAAAACUACACUACUCAAAAAAAUAAAGGGAACACUUAAACAACACAAUGUAACUCCAAGUCAAUCACACUUCUGUGAAAUCAAACUGUCCACUUAGGAAGCAACACUGAUUGACAAUACAUUUCGCAUGCUGUUGUGCAAAUGGAAUAGACAACAGGGGGAAAUUAUAGGCAAUUAGCAAGACACCCCCAAUAAAGGACUGGUUUUGCAGUUGGUGACCACAGACCACUUCUCAGUUCCUAUGCUUCCUGGCUGAUGUUUUGGUCACUUUUGAAUGCUGGCGGUGCUUUCACUCUAGUGGUAGCAUGAGACGGAGUCUACAACCCACACAAGUGGCUCAGGUAGUGCAGCUCAUCCAGGAUGGCACAUCAAUGCGAGAUGUGGGAAGAAGGUUUGCUGUGUCUGUCAGCGUAGUGUCCAGAGCAUGGAGGCGCUACCAGGAGACAGGCCAGUACAUCAGGAGACGUGGAGGAGGCUUUAGGAGGGCAACAACCCAGCAGCAGGACCGCUACCUCCGCCUUUGUGCAAGGAGGAGCAGGAGGAGCUCUGCCAGAGCCCUGCAAAAUGCCCUCCAGCAGGCCACAAAUGUGCAUGUGUCUGCUCAAACGGUCAGAAACAGACUCCAUGAGGGUGGUAUGAGGGCCCGACGUCCACAGGUGGGGGUUGUGCUUACAGCCCAACACCGUGCAGGACGUUUGGCAUUUGCCAGAGAACACCAAGAUUGGCAAAUUCGCCACUGACGCCCUGUGCUCUUCACAGAUGAAAGCAGGUUCACACUGAGCACGUGACAGUGUCUGGAGACGCCGUGGAGAACGUUCUGCUGCCUGCAACAUCCUCCAGCAUGACCGGUUUGGCGGUGGGUCAGUCAUGGUGUGGGGUGGCAUUUAUUUGGGGGGCCACACAGCCCUCCAUGUGCUCGCCAGAGGUAGCCUGACUGCCAUUAGGUACCGAGAUGAGAUCCUCAGACACCUUGUGAGACCAUAUGCUGGUGCGGUUGGCCCUGGGUUCCUCCUAAUGCAAGACAAUGCUAGACCUCAUGUGGCUGGAGUGUGUCAGCAGUUCCUGCAAGAGGAAGGCAUUGAUGCUAUGGACUGGCCCGCCCGUUCCCCAGACCUGAAUCCAAUUGAGCACAUCUGGGACAUCAUGUCUCGCUCCAUCCACCAACGCCACGUUGCACCACAGACUGUCCAGGAGUUGGCGGAUGCUUUAGUCCAGGUCUGGGAGGAGAUCCCUCAGGAGACCAUCUGCCACCUCAUCAGGAGCAUGCCCAGGCGUUGUAGGGAGGUCAUACAGGCACGUGGAGGCCACACACACUACUGAGCCUCAUUUUGACUUGUUUUAAGGACAUUACAUCAAAGUUGGAUCAGUCUGUAGUGUGGUUUUCCACUUUAAUUUUGAGGGUGACUCCAAAUCCAGACCUCCAUGGGUUGAUACAUUUGAUUUCCAUUGAUAAUUUUUGUGUGAUUUUGUUGUCAGCACAUUCAACUAUGUAAAGAAAAAGUAUUUAAUAAGAUUAUUUCAUUCAUUCAGAUCUAGGAUGUGUUAUUUUAGUGUUCCCUUUAUUUUUUUGAGCAGUGUACAUCCGAAGAACAAGCCCUUUUAAGUUCUGCAUGCUUAAUCAACCCCACUGCCUAAAGCAACUUAUCAGUCCCUUCAUCUUCUUCUGUAUGUAAAUUGUAAAAUCUUUUGUAAUGUCUUUCUCGUUAUGUCGGACCCCAGUAAGACUAGCUGUCGGCUAAUGGGGAUCCUAAUAAAUCAAAUCAUAUUAAACCUCAAUAUCAUUUGGAAAUCCCUGUGUGUUGUUCUUUCAGGCCGACAGAAGGAUACACUGGUACCCUCUCAGCCGUAACUAAUAAAUGUCAAGAGCCUUUAAUAGCCUCUUGUGCCUGUCCCAUUUCAGUGGUGCAAAGAGUUGUUUGGUAAUGGGAGAUUUACAGUUUGUGUGUAUUACCAAAGCCCUGUGUUAGUGGAAAGAAUGAGCUGCCUUCUAUUUCGGCCCCCACAUAAAUCCAGUGGAACAUUUUUUAUAUUUUUUGACAGAUCACUUUAUCUGAGCUGUUAUCCAGCAAAUAUGUUUUGUUUUAUGUCAUUGGCUGACAUUCUGCACGUAUGAGUGAGCCAGUGGUUUCCUGUGUGGGGAGAAUUUGAUGUUGCCUGUGAACGCCAUUAGUGUUUACUAUUUUUCACAUGAAUAAACUUGUUGAGGUUUAUAAGGCCGUAAUCCAUUUACUGGAGGUAUCCUCAUCAGUAUCAUCCACUCAACUGAAAUACCUGUUUUAAAAGGCUCUAGUUGUGCUUAAUGGUUUCUCCCUCCAUUUUUUGUUUUUCUCCACAGUUGGCGACAAAGUUCCUGCAGAUAUUCGACUGACCUCUAUCAAAUCUACAACCCUGAGGGUGGACCAAUCCAUUCUGACAGGUGAGUCAUACUUUUCAAUUGGCGUCUUUGCCCUUGCUCUUGCAGCCAUAAAAGCAUUGCAAGAAUGAAAUGUUUCAGGGAUUCAUAGUCUGAAGAUUAUUUAGCCUUGCUGUUUCUGUGUGUAGAGCUUGUAUUAACUUGUAUGUAAUUGCCAGUGUUUGUUGGGUUAUAUGGGCUGAUGAAUGGCUCCAGGUUGAGUCACCACUUGAGGAUGACCCUGAAACUGUCAAUGUGAGAACAAAAUGAUAAUUUCUCUCACUCAGAAUGACUCCCUGAUCAUUUAUUUGAGAGGUAGUCAGCAGUGCUUAGUAUAAAGAGGGAGGAUAGACGUUUGCAACGCCAGGGUUGUGGGUUCGAUAAAAUAAUGUAUGUGCUAACUGUAAGUCGCUCUGGAUAAGAGCGUCUGCUAAAUGAUUAAAAAUGUAAAUGUUAUGAGAAGGUAGUCCUGCCUUAACUUCUUAAGGAUCAGACCUUUAAAAAAAAAAAAAAAUAAUGAUAUUGACAUACCCAAAUCUAACUGCCUGUAGCUCAGGACAUGAAGCAAGUAUAUGCAUAUUCUUGAUACCAUUUGAAAGGAAACACUUUGAAGUUUGUGGAAAUGUGAAAUUGAUGUAGGAGAAUAUAACACAUUAGAUGUGGUAAAAGAUAAUACAAACCAAAAAACAUGCUUUUUCUAUUUAUUUCUUUGUUCCAUCAUCUUUGAAAUGCAAUAGAAAGGACACAAUAUAAUAUUGCAGUUUAGGCGCAAUUUAGAUUUUGGCCACUUGAUGGCAGCAGUGUGUGAAAAGUUUCAGAUUGAGCCAGUGAAGCAUUGCAAAACUGGAUUAUUUUGUAUCAAGUCUGCCCAAAUGUGCCGAAUUGGUCAAUUGAUACAUUUUCAAGGACAUAACUAUAGAGAACAUACAAAAAUGAUAUGGUAAUACAAAAUGUAAGUUUACACACUCCCAGGAAUGUCAUACAUGAUGGAUCAUUAGCUUAUACACUAACUUUCACACAUCUAGAUGGCCGGGUGGGGUGGGUGUGGAGCCAGAGACAGCAGGGGUUCAAACUUUAGAACCCUGUUCCUACAUUUGAAUAUAAAAAUGGAUUUGAUCAAACAAAACUAUGCUACAUUUUAUCUCUGGGACCCUUAGGAUGACAAAUCAGAGCAAGAUUACUGAAUGUAAGUACAUUAUUUACCUUCAGAGGUGAAUGUAUCAAACCAGUUGCCGUGAAACGUUUUUUUUGUUGUUGUGCACUCUCCUCAAACAAUAGCAUGGUAUUAUUUUCACUGUAAUAGCUACUGUAAAUUGGACAGUGCAGUUAGAUUAACAAGAAUUUAAGCUUUCUGCCCAUAUAAGAGACGUCUAUGUCCUGGAAAGUUUGCUGUUACUUACAACAGUCAUGCUAAUCACAUUAGCGCACGUUAGCUUAACCGUCCCGUAUAGGGGACACCGAUCCCGUAGAGGUUAAUUUGGGGUUCAGCAGCGACGCUGGUGAAAUCAUAUUGUAUUAGUUGGCAUUGAUUCUUUUCUGCCUAUUUGUGAAAAAAAUCAUAUUCCCGUGAGAUGGUAAGGACUAGGAGGUUGCAACCUUGCAUGAUGGUGAAGCACCAAGGACCACGCCCUCUCAUGCAAUGCCAUGCCAAUUGGCCACAUGGUGGCGUUAUAACAAGCAAUUUAAAAUGCUAACUUUUAAAGCUCACGUCCCUCACCCCGUUUGCGUUAGUCCUGAAAUUCGGUAUGAAGAUCCCUCUCCUCACAAGGAACAAAUUUGCCUCAAGGACCCAUAAGGUCCACCAUGAUGACCGAUCUGCACAAAACUUGAUACAUGGCAUCUAUGGACCAAGCACUCACAAAUUAUGUUUUUCCAGGGUAUCAUCUCAAACAACAUGACUAAACAUUCAUGUUGGCGUGGUCUGGCACAUAAAUGCAUGUAACUCUGACACGGAUAUUCAUUUGACAUUUACUUUUUAGUCAUAUAUAGCUGACGCUCUUAUCCAAAGCGACAUACAGUAGUGAGUGCAUACAUUUUCGUACUGGUCCCCCGUGGAAAUUGAACCCACAACCCUGGCUUUGCAAGUGCCAUGCUCUACCAACUGAGCCACACAAGUGCCAUCAUAUUGUAACAAAUCCUGGUAUGCAUGUUCCACUGUCAAGACUUAACAUAUGUGAGCACAUUCAUAUCGACCACACGGUGGCGCUAUAACGGACAUAUGUUUAUCAAUCUAUUUGACUCAAUGAUGACAUUUGGCGCACGCUCAUGGAUAUGAGUCUAGCUUAUCUAUAUAAAGAAUGGUUCAGUUUAGCUGCAUGGUGACGCUGUUGGACAGGAAAAAUCAAUCAUGCAAGCUCAUUGGCUCAUAGCGGCCAUGUUUGAGCAAGAGUCUUGAAAAAUAUUGUUGGAAGAUGUGCAUCUGUAGAUGCUAUAUACAGUGAGGGGAAAAAAGUAUUUGAUCCCCUAUUGAUUUUGUACGUUUGCCCACUGACAAAGACAUGAUCAGUCUAUAAUUUUAAUGGUAGGUUUAUUUGAACAGUGAGAGACAGAAUAACAACAAAAAAAUCCAGAAAAACGCAUGUCAAAAAUGUUAUAAAUUGAUUUGCAUUUUAAUGUGGGAAAUAAGUAUUUGACCCCUCUACAAAACAUUACUUAGUACUUGGUGGCAAAACCCUUGUUGGCAAUCACAGAGGUCAGACGUUUCUUGUAGUUGGCCACCAGGUUUGCACACAUCUCAGGAGGGGUUUUGUCCCACUCCUCUUUGCAGAUCUUCUCCAAGUCAUUAAGGUUUUGAGGCUGACAUUUGGCAACUCAAACCUUCAGCUCCCUCCACAGAUUUGAUAUGGGAUUAAGGUCUGGAGACUGGCUAGGCCACUCCAGGACCUUCAUGUGCUCCUUCUUGAGCCACUCCUUUGUUGCCUUGGCCGUGUGUUUUGAGUCAUUGUCAUGCUGGAAUACCCAUCCACGACCCAUUUUCAAUGCCCUGGCUGAGGGAAGGAGGUUCUCACCCAAGAUUUGACGGUACAUAGCCCCGUCCAUCGUCCCUUUGAUGCGGUGAAGUUGUCCUGUCCCCUUAGCAGAAAAACACCCCCAAAGCAUAAUGUUUCCACCUCCAUGUUUGACGGUGGGGAUGGUGUUCUUGGGGUCAUAGGCAGCAUUCCUCCUCCUCCAAACACGACGAGUUGAGUUGAUGCCAAAGAGCUCGAUUUUGGUCUCAUCUGACCACAACACUUUCACCCAGAUCUCCUCUGAAUCAUUCAGAUGUUUAUUUGCAAACCUCAGACGGCCCUGUAUAUGUGCUUUCUUGAGCAGGGGGACCUUGCGGGCGCUGCAGGAUUUCAGUCCUUCACGGCAUAGUGUGUUACCAAUUGUUUUCUUGGUGACUAUGGUCCCAGCUGCCUUGAGAUCAUUGACAAGAUCCAACUCCACUAGGUAAGAUCUUGCAUGGAGCCCCAGGCCGAGGGAGAUUGACAGUUAUUUUGUGUUUCUUCCAUUUGCGAAUAAUCGCACCAACUAUAAUAAAUAAUAAUAUGCCAUUUAGCAGACGCUUUUAUCCAAAGCGACUUACAGUCAUGCGUGCAUACAUUUUUGUGUAUGGGUGGUCCCGGGGAUCGAACCCACUACCUUGGCGUUACAAGCGCCGUGCUCUACCAGCUGUCACCUUCUCACCAAGCUUCUUGGCGAUGGUCUUGUAGCCCAUUCCAGCCUUGUGUAGGUCUACAAUCUUGUCCCUGACAUCCUUGGAGAGCUCUUUGGUCUUGACCAUGGUGGAGAGUUUGGAAUCUGAUUGAUUGAUUGCUUCUGUGGACAGGUGUCUUUUAUACAGGUAACAAACUGAGAUUAGGAGCACUCCCUUUAAGAGUGUGCUCCUAAUCUCAGCUCAUUACCUGUAUAAAAGACACCUGGGAGCCAGAAAUGUUUCUGAUUUGAGAUGGGGUCAAAUACUUAUUUCCCUCAUUAAAAUGCAAAUCAAUUUAUAACAUUUUUGACAUGCGUUUUUAUGGAUAAUUUUUUUUCUGUCUCUCACUGUUCAAAUAAACCUACCAUUAAAAUUAUAGACUGAUAAUUUAUUUGUCAGUGGGCAAACAUACAAAAUCAGCAGGGGAUCAAAUACUUUUUUCCCUCACUGUACCUAAUUUGGUGCAGAGCGGUUCUGUAGAAAAAUAUAUUUUUAAAGUAGUAAACAUACAUUUAAAAUGGUCCAAAAUACAUCAAAAGCAUAUUGCAUGAUCAGUUUGAUUUUGAGUUCUGAUAUUUGGCAAGCGUUGUAAACGGUACAUAAGUAGCUCGUCCUAGGGCGACGUGUGCAAUUUGUCCUGAUGGUGGCACAGUGGGCCCACAGCUGAACCCCGGCAUUGCUGCUUGCAGCUACACUACAUGGCCCCAGCCCAGUCAUGUGAAAUACAUAGAUGAGGGCCUAAUUAAUUUAUUUCUAUUGACUGAUUUACUUAUAUGAACUGUAACUCAGUAAAUCUUUGAAAUUGUUGCAUGUUGUGGUUUAUAUUUUUGUUCAGUGUAAAAACUUAUUUCACACACUAUAUGGCCAAAAGUAUGUUGACACUCCUUCAAAUUUGUGGAUUCUGCUAUUUCAGCCACACACGUUGCUGACAGAUGUAUAAAAUCGAGCACACAGCCAUGCAAUAGACAUUGGCAGUAGAAUGGCCUGUACUGAAGAGCUCAGUGACUUUCAACGUGGCACUGUCAUCGGAUGCCACCUUUCCAACAAGUCAGUUCAUCAAAUUUCUGCCCUGCUAGAGCUGCCCCGGUCAACUAUAAGGGCUGUUAUUGUGAAGUGGAACGUCUAGGAGCGACAAUGGCUCAGCCGGGAAGGGGUAGGCCACACAAGCUCACAGAACGGGACGGCCGAGUGCUGAAGCGCGUAAAAAUAGUCUGUCCUCGGUUGCAACACUCACUACAGAGUUCCAAUCUGCCUCUGAAAGCAACGUCAGCACAAUAACUGUUCUUCGGGAGCUUCAUGAAAUGGGUUUCCAUGGCCGAGCAGCCACGUACAAGCCUAAGAUCACCAUACGCAAUACCAAGCGUCGGCUGGAGUGGCGUCAAGCUUGUCGCCAUUGGACUCUGGAUCAGUGGAAACGCGUUCUCUGGAGUAAUGAAUCACGCUUCACCAUCUAGCGGUCCGACGGUUGGCACAAAGCGAGGUGCAUACAGAAAUGGUUUGAGAUCGGUAUGGAAGAACUUCACUGGCCUGCACAGAGCCCUGACCUCAACCCCAUCGAACAGCUUUGGGAUGAAUUGGAACGCCGACUGCGAGCCAGGCCUAAUCGCCCAACAUCAGUGCCCGACCUCACUAAUGCUCUUGUGGCUGAAUGGAAGCAAGUCCCCGCUGCAGUGUUCCAACAUCUAGUGGAAAGCCUUCCAGAAAAGUGGAGGAUGUUAUAGCAGCAAAGGGGGGACCAACUCCAUGUUAAUGCCCAUUACGUAUAUUUGGUAGGGGAGUUUGGUAUUUCAGCUGCUUUUCCCCCUCCUCCCAUUCAUGGCUAUAAUCUGUGAAAAGCAGUGCAACGCUUGCUCAGCUGAUUACCCACUAGGCCUUGCUUUCCCCUGCAGUGCAGAUUCAGGAGUGUGAAAGUCCUUCGGAUGCAGCGUUUUGUAAUUGGCAGCCCUGCUCAGUCAGCUGUGAAGUCGAAACACACCCGUCAACCUGUCACCUUAUUGCUCUGUAAGGGCUGCGCUUGAUCCCCCUCUUCCUCAUCCCUCUUUUUGUCCUCCUGCAGGAGAGUCUGUUUCUGUGAUCAAGCACACUGACCCGGUGCCUGACCCCCGGGCUGUCAACCAGGACAAGAAGAACAUGCUCUUCUGUGUGAGUCUUUAGAAAACCAUGAAAUACCUCUCUCCCCCCUUUCAUCUUGCCUCUUCAGUACAUGAUCCUCUUUCCCUUUUAGCAAACCCAAGACUUAUAAUCUCCUCUUUUCUCCUCCGUUCCGUCUAUCAUCUCCAUUACAUGUUCCUCUCUGGGAUUUUGAUGGCAGACCUCUUAUCCUUAACCCCUCGUCUGCUUCUUCCCCAGUUAUUUUCUGCUCCUCCCUCACUUGUUCAUGUCCCAAUGUGUAUUUGAGGUAAUUACAUCCUUCAGCAGUGUACACCUGUAGUCUCACCAUCUCUCCUUUCUCCUCCACAGGGCACCAACAUAGCAGCAGGUAAGGCGGUGGGCGUGGUGGUGGCCACAGGCGUCAACACUGAGAUCGGGAAGAUCCGGGACGAGAUGGCGGCCACGGAGCAGGAGCGCACGCCACUGCAACAGAAGCUGGAUGAGUUCGGGGAGCAGCUGUCCAAGGUCAUCUCCCUGAUCUGCAUCGCCGUGUGGCUCAUCAACAUUGGCCACUUCAACGACCCCGUCCACGGAGGCUCCUGGAUCCGCGGCGCUGUCUACUACUUCAAGAUCGCUGUGGCUCUGGCUGUGGCCGCCAUCCCAGAGGGUAAGAGAGUGGGAAGGGGGAGUGAGGGGAAGCCGUCUAUAGUAUACAGAAACCAGUACAUUGGGCUCCAGCAUAGUUAGUAUGUCAAACCCCCUCUUAUCUCCAUCUCUCUCUCUCUCUCUUUACCAGGGCUGCCCGCUGUCAUCACCACCUGCCUGGCUCUUGGAACCCGCCGCAUGGCCAAGAAGAACGCUAUCGUCCGCAGCCUGCCCUCCGUGGAGACCCUGGGCUGCACCUCUGUCAUCUGCUCGGACAAGACCGGCACCCUCACCACCAACCAGAUGUCUGUCUGCAGGGUGAGUCCCCAUCCCCAGAGCACCAUGGGGGGAGAUGGAUGGUGGGGUGGAUAGGGUUUUAGUUGGAGUAGGGGCGGUUGAUGUUUAGUAUUAUGGUUACGUCUGACUCUCAGGGUCAUAUUCAGAGUUUAAAACGAACAUUACCUUAGUAGUGAAAAAUAUCAAUGAUUCUAGCCUGGUGAGUCUUUUUAGUGCAAAUAAGUCUCCAGCUGCUCAAUGCAAAAGACAUGCAAAAACACCACCUCACACCUGGCCUCCUAGGACAAGCUUUCAGCACUCCUCUGCACUGGCAGGUAGGGGUCCAGCUGAGCUAAACAGAGCCUACAGCAGCCUCUUCCACACUUUAUUAGCUCCCUGAACUCAUCUUUACUAGUAUUCUCUAGUUUAUUUAGCGGUCUACUUGCUUAAGGAGAAGGCUAUGUUCUUGCCAACCAUGAACAAUCCAUUCAGUGAAACAUUACAACUGAUUUGGCAUCAGAACAUCCCUGGAAAGAAAGCAGUCUUGACAGCAUCUGCUGACAGUGUGGAUUUAUCCCCAGGGUAUUGUCGAGGUUGAAGGACAACACUGUAUAAUGAAGGAUUCAUUUAUUUGCAAGCACGGUUUAAAUUAGAUUGGAAAGUGGAGGCUAUGAAAUUACGCUGUUCCUGUAUUGAUUGAAUUCUAUCCUAUUAGAUUGAUUAAAUGCAUCUGCCGAAUUCUGUGUAGCUUCCUGCCCCCACCUUGUGUGACUCAUCACCAAUCUGAGGGCAGUGAAAAGACCGUAAUGCAUUAUCACCCCCCCCUCCCCCUCUGUUCCCCAGCCUGUUUCCCCAAUGGUCUCCUCUGCUGCUAUUCUCUUCCACUACAUCACUCCUGCCCUCUCUUCUCACGUUUAAAUCCCUCUUUCUCGUAUUCUUCAUCCCUCGACCUCUCCCCCUCUCUCACAUGAAGUAUUCUGAUCUUUAUACAGCAGUCAGUCACUUGCAGUAGUGUUGCAUAACUGACAUUGUGUUUUAGAUCAGUCUUUCUCCCCCCUAACAUGGCAGCAUGAUGCAGUUCUUGGAAUAAAGAGGGAGGGGAAAGAUUUGAAGCAACAUCUUGUUUACGUUGUCAAAUUGUAUUCAAAGGUUUUUAGCAUAAUGUACUUUUUAAACUUUUCCUGUACCGAUACUGCAAUUCGGCUGCUGUGUGAGAAGGGUAGCUCUAAAAUUAGCCGGCUGGAGUAGAGGAAUGUUUCUUAAUUUAUUCAGUGAAUUUGGUAAAGCAUCCCUGACGUCACGGCUCUUUGAAGUCUGUACUCUGCCUCAGGAGAGAAGGGAAAGAGAACACCGGUUCAUCCUUUUUAUUUGGAUAUUUCUCUCCAUCUCUCAUCUUGCCUUGAUUCUCUGCAGAGCAGGCGCCUGGGAGAUUAGUCUCACUCAGUGUGUGUGCGCGUGUCUCUCCAUUGCAUGCCAGCUGUGGAGGAGGCAGGCUUGCCCUCUUACUCACGCUCUCUCUGUAUUUUCUCUCACGCACAUGCUCCCACUCUUUCUCUCUCCAUCUCACUUUGCUCUUUCUCUCCUCUCACCCUGUCUGCUUUAUAUCUCCCGUCUCCUCCUCACUCUUUCCCUCCCCUGUCCCGCCUCCUUGCUGGUUUGUGUGUUUUGUUCCUUAUGGAGAACUAAUGUCCUCCUACUCUUCCAUCACAUUGUGUGGGCUACCAUUCAUUUACAUAGGGAUGACAUCCACGCAUUCAUCCCAGCAUGGAAGUAAAUUGGUUACCCUUGCGUACCCUGCAGUGAACACCUCUCCAAGAGACCUACAGCCACCAAUGUAAAGUGUGCUUAAUCCUUAGUGUUUUAUUCCCAGGCGCAGUAGCAUUUAUUUCGUUAAUUUGCCUAAGGCUGUUAUGGUUUAUCAGUGCUCUACUUGUAUUGCAGUUGUCUGCUGCCCCCUACUGGGUAGGCUGCUGCUACUGCAUGUAGAUCAGUGGACGCUUCAGUGUGAGGUUGAUUCAGGGGAUCUAGAGAACUACUGGUUGUGUAAGUCCAUAAAAUAACUUGCUGUGUGACUUGUAACCUGACACAUUCUCUCCCUGUGUGUUCUAGAUGUUCAUUAUUGACCAGGCAGAGGGCAAUAGCUGCUCCCUGAAGGAGUUCACUAUCACUGGCUCCACGUACGCCCCUGAGGGACAAGUGUGAGUAAUUAGUGUGUGUGUGUACACACACACACACACACAGUCAAUGAAACAUGUGGUGUAGUCUCAUUGUCAAUACACCACACAUCCUACCUGAGCUCACUGUUCCCCCUUUUCCAUGGCUGUUGUCUUUUAUUCCAGGUACCAUGAUGGUAAACCAGUGAAGUCCUCCCAGUAUGAUGGCUUAGUGGAGAUGGCCUCCAUCUGUGCCCUGUGUAACGACUCCUCCCUGGAUUACAAUGAGGUUUGUGUCCUUUAUACAUUUCACUGUUAGGUUCCGGCUGGUUGAAAAGUCUCGGUCACACAAGCCUUUAUCAGUGGUUGAUUUAUUGAUUUGAAUAUCAGUAGUCUUCACCAUUCUGUUGUGGAUAUACAAGUAAACUGGUUUUAGUUGUUCAUUGCUACGAUCUUGCUAAUAAGUGUGUGUGUGUUUCUCCUCAGACCAAAGGUGUAUAUGAAAAGGUGGGCGAGGCCACAGAGACUGCCCUCACCUGUCUGGUGGAGAAGAUGAACGUGUUCGACACUAACGUCAAGGGCCUGUCCAAGAUCGAGAGAGCCAACGCCUGCAACGCUGUAAGCCACCGUUUGCUACUCUCUCAAUCCCAACAUGAUUAUCAUGUGAAAGUAUUAAACAACUGAGUGUUCGUCCCAAAUGUCUCCCUAUUCCAUUUAUAGUGCACUACUUUUGACCUGAGCCCUAUGGGCCCUGGUGGUCAAAAGUAGUGCCCUAUAGGGAAUAGGGUGGCUUUAAGGAUGCAGACAGAGUGGUCCUACUCCAUCAGACAUCCCCCAGGUUGUGCUGUUCCACUCCUCCAGUUAAGGAUGUGUUGGGGUGUGUUUCCUCUCUGUGUGGGACAGGUAAUCAAGCAGCUGAUGAAGAAGGAGUUCACCCUGGAGUUCUCCAGAGACAGGAAGUCCAUGUCUGUGUACUGCACCCCCAACAAGGCCCACUCCUCCAUCGGCAAGAUGUUCGUCAAGGUAAUGAUGAGGAUCCACCCACAGUAUUGCUCGGAUAGUAGACCAUAUGGACACCUGAGAAAUUCCCUAUAUGGUGCACUACCUUUGACUAGGGCCCAGUAGGGCAUUAAAUAGGAAAUAGGGUGCCAUUUGGGAUGCAGAUCAAAUCAAACUUCAUUUGUCACAUGUGCCGAAUAAAACAGGUGUAGACCUUACCGUGAAAUGCUUACUUACAAGCCCUUAACCAACAACGCAGUUCAAGAAAGAGUUUACUUUAUUUGGUAAAUAUUUUUAGUUAAAAAUAAAAUAAAAAGUAACACAAUAAAAUAACAACAAGGCUAUAUUCUAGAUGCCACUUCAUAAUAACUAUGAUAAAUGUUAGGAUUUGGGCACAUCUGUUUGUGUACCAGAUUACUUUGAGUGUCUGUUUAAGCAAUAGGGCCCGAGGGGCUGUGGUGUAUGACCAAUAAAUCAAAUCAAAUUUGAUUUGUCACAUGCGCCGAAUACAACAGGUGUAGACCUUACAGUGAAAUGCUUACUUACAAGCCCUUAACAAACAAUGCAGUUUUAAGAAAAAUAAGUGUUAAAGGAAAAAGAAAAAAAAAACAAAUAAAGAGCAGCAGUAAAAUAACAGUAGGGAGGCUAUAUGCAGGGGGUACCGGUACAGAGUCAAUGUGCGGGGUCACAGGUUAGUCGAGGUAAUAUGUACAUGUAGGUAGAGUUAAAGUGACUAUGCAUAGAUAAACAGAGUAGCAGCAACGUAAAAGGGGGGGGGGGGGGGGGGGGAGACAAUGCAAAUAGUCCGGGUAGCCAUUUGAUUAGCUGUUCAGGAGUCUUAUGCCAUGGGGGUAGAAACUGUUAACAAGCCUUUUGAACCUAGACUUGGUGCUCCGGUACCGCUUGCUGUGCGGUAGCAGAGAGAACAGUCUAUGACUACGGUGGCUAGAGUCUUUGACAAUUUCUAGGGCCUUCCUCUGACACUGCCUGGUAUAGAGGUCCUGGAUGGCAGGAAGCUUGUCCCCAGUGAUGUACUGGGCCAUACGCACUACCCUCUGUAGUGCCUUGCGGUCAGAGGCCGAGCAGUUGCCAUACCAGGCGGUGAUGCAACCAGUCAGGAUGCUCUCGAUGGUGCAGCUGUAUAACUUUUUGAGGAUCUGAGGACCGAUGCCAAAUCUUUUCAGUCUCCUGAGGGGGAAUAGGCUUUGUCAUGCACUCUUCACGACUGUCUUGGUGUGUUUGGACCAUGAUAGUUUGUUGGUGAUGUGGACACCAAGGAACAUGAAGCUCUCAACCUGCCCCAUUACAGCCCCGUCGAUGAGAAUGGGGGCGUGCUCGGUCCUCCUUUUCCUGUAGUCCACAAUCAUCUCCUUUGUCUUGAUCACGUUGAGGGAGAGGUUGUUAUCCUGGCAUUACACGGCCAGGUCUCUGACCUCCUCCCUAUACCAGGCUAAGGGCUGUUCUUAAGCAUGACGUGAAGCAGAGUGCCUGGAUACAGCCCUUAGCCGUGGUAUGUUGGCCAUAUAACACAAACCCCUGAGGUUCCUUAUUGCAAUUAUUGACUGGUUACCAACAUAAAUGGAACAGUAAACAAGUAUUUUUGCAUCAUACCUGUGGUAUAUUGUCUGAUAUACACACGGCUGAAAUGCUGUUUCAGCCAUCAGCAUCCCGGACCGAAGCUACAUGGUUUAUAAUUAAGCAAUAAGGCCUGAGGGGGGUGUGGCCAAUAUAUCCCAGGUAAGGGCUGUUCUUAGGGACGACGCAACGCCUGGAUACAGCCCUUAGCGUGAUAUAUUGGCAAUACACCACAAACAAACUUAAUUAGAGCAGUAAAAAUAAAUGUUUUGUCAUACCCGUGGUAUGCGGUCUGAUAUACCACUGCUUUCAGCCAGUCAGCAUUCAGGGCUCAAACUACCCGGUUUAUAAUUGUAGUUGAAUGUACAGUAUGUAGUAAAUGAACAGAGGCUGAUGCUUUAUUUCCCCUGGUUUGACUUUCUGUCUCUCUCUCCAGGGAGCCCCAGAGGGAGUGAUUGACAGGUGCACUCACAUCCGUGUGGGCGGGAAAAAGGUGUCCCUGACCCCGGGCAUCAAGGACAAGAUAUUGUCAGUGAUCAGGGAGUACGGUACGGGGCGCGACACCCUGCGCUGCCUGGCUUUGGCCACAAAGGACAACCCCGUUGCCAAAGAGGACAUGGUGCUGGAAGACUCAAACCGCUUCAUCGAAUACGAGGUGAGAGAAUGGAGGGAGAGUGACAGGAAUAGCAGAGCAUUUAUUCAGAGAAGUGAUUUAAGACCUACUGUAUAGGAGAAACGUGAUUCUCCGCACCUUAGUCCACAUCACAACUGCUGCUACCAGACUCUUAUUAUACUGCUCAAUUUAUGCACUUGCCGCCAAUCCCCCCCUUCCCCCAAUACACGUAUAAAUAUUGGACUAUAAAUUGUGCCUUCCUGUAUUAUACUUGUGCUAAAAUGUUUAUUCUAUUCUACUGCCAUUUACUUUAUGUUCGCGAUCUUAUUUUUAAAAACGAUUUGUUAUUGUUGUAUUGUCGAAGGAACCUGCAAGGAAGCAUUUCAUUGGGCGAUGUAUACCAUGUGUAUCCCGUACAUACAGUACGACAAAUAAAAUGUAAAACUUGAGGCUGCAAAGUAGUCAUAAGUGUAUAUUUAAAAAAGUAAUACUUUUGAUAAUUGGAUGAGGUGUUGCGAGUGAGCCAAAGCCAGGACUCUAGUCUAGUCUGACUGUCCCCCUGUGUCUCUCCCCAGACGGACCUGACGUUUGUGGGCUGCGUGGGCAUGCUGGACCCCCCCAGGGCUGAGGUGGCUGCCUCCAUCAAGCUGUGCCGCCUGGCCGGCAUCCGUGUCAUCAUGAUCACCGGUGACAACAAAGGCACGGCCGUGGCCAUCUGCCGCCGCAUCGGCAUCUUCAGCGACAACGACGACGUCUCAUCCAUGGCCUUCACUGGCCGCGAGUUUGACGACCUGUCGCCGGCCGCCCAGCGAGACGCCGUGGUCAACGCCCGCUGCUUCGCCCGCGUGGAGCCAUCCCACAAGUCCAAGAUCGUGGAGUUCCUGCAGUCCAUGGACGAGAUCACAGCCAUGGUGAGACAUGGUCCACCUGAGACCUUCCUCAUCAGUUUGUGCAGCAUUUAACUGAAACUCGACACUUUGUGGUUCGGCUUUCAUGAUACAUAAGCCCUCAGCAUGUAAUGUUACCUCGAAUCAAUACAGUAUGUGAUUAGUCUAAACCUAUCCUGUAGAAUAGUUGUUUAGAUGGUUAACCAUAGCCUGUCCUUUCCCCAUGGCCAGACUGGUGAUGGAGUGAACGAUGCCCCUGCUCUGAAGAAGGCAGAGAUCGGCAUCGCUAUGGGUUCAGGCACGGCUGUAGCUAAGUCAGCCUCUGAGAUGGUUCUGGCCGAUGACAACUUCUCUACCAUCGUGGCGGCUGUGGAGGAGGGCAGGGCCAUCUACAACAACAUGAAGCAGUUCAUCCGUUAUCUCAUCUCCUCCAACGUGGGAGAGGUCGUCUGGUAAGGAUCCUGACUUUGUCCCAAAUGUCACCCGAUUUCCAUUUAAAGUGCACUACUUUUGACCAGGGCACUACUUUUCACCCAAUAGGGCGGUGGUCAAUAGUAGUGCACUAUAUAGGGAAUAAGGUGUAAUUUGGGACGUACCCCACAUCUCCUCUCUUCAGCGAGAAAAUCAAUAAACGGUCCUCAGUGCCAUGUUAACAAGCCUCCAUGUAAAUGUUUUUCCAUCAUUCCUACAGCAUCUUCCUGACCGCUGCUCUAGGCUUCCCCGAGGCUCUGAUUCCUGUCCAGCUGCUGUGGGUCAACCUGGUGACGGACGGCCUCCCUGCCACCGCCCUGGGCUUCAACCCCCCCGACCUGGACAUCAUGAGCAAGGUCCCCCGCAAUGCCCGCGAGCCCCUCAUCUCUGGAUGGCUCUUCUUUAGAUACCUCGCCAUCGGAUGUGAGUGGGCCUCUAUAGAACAACACAGAAAUAUAGCUUCAUUGUUUUUAUUUAGUUAGAAGUGUUUAGGCUGUUGUGUGUAUCCAGAUAGCCAUGUGACUCAUGUGCUCUACCUCUUCAGGCUAUGUGGGUGCGGCUACAGUUGGGGCUGCUGCCUGGUGGUUCGUUGCUGCUGCGGACGGACCCAGGAUCACCUUUUACCAACUGGUAAGAUGCCAAUACAACACACACACACACACACACACACACACACAGUUACUCUUACUUAGCUGCUUUUCUCCUCUGCCCACAGAGCCAUUUCCUGCAGUGUGGUCCUGAGAACCCUGAGUUUGAGGGUUUGGAGUGUGGGCUGUUUGAGUCCCCCUACCCCAUGACCAUGGCCCUGUCUGUGCUCGUCACCAUCGAGAUGUGCAACGCCCUCAACAGGUCAGACUAUGCCACUACAUCUUUCGCAUUCCCUCUCUUAUUUCACUGUUGCUUUAGGCUUGUCACUAGUGUCAUAAUGUUGUGAGAUUAAUCUGGUAUACUUGGUGAAAUGAUGGGCAAGUGGCUCCCAAAUGGGUGUUCAGUCAGUGAUUUAACCCAGUUCUCUCUCUCCCUCAGUGUGUCAGAGAACCAGUCCCUGCUGCGUAUGCCCCCCUGGGAGAACAUGUGGCUGCUGGGAGCCAUCUGCCUCUCUAUGUCCCUGCAUUUUCUCAUCCUCUAUGUGGAGCCCCUGCCGGUGAGACUACCUGCACUAAUAAUGGGCCUGAGGCUACCAGAAAUGCUUUCUAGAACAAUAUAUUAUAAUGCUAGUGUAAGAGGUGGGAUGGGUGGAGAAAUGGAGAAAGCAGCAGAGGUUAUCCUGCUCGCUCAUGUUAUCCUUUCCUCCACAGAUAAUCUUCCAGAUCACCCCUCUGAACCUGACCCAGUGGCUGAUGGUGCUAAAGCUCUCCCUGCCCGUCCUACUGCUGGAUGAGGUCCUAAAGUUAGCAGCCAGGAACUACAUGGAGAACUACCCUGGUAAAGAGCUGGAGAAGCCCAGCAGCAAAGGCUGCUCUCUGUUUGCAUGCAUGGAGGGCAUCUCCUGGCCCUUUGUGGCCCUCACCCUCCCCCUGGUGCUGUGGAUUUACAGCACCGACACUAACAUGGCAGACAUGUUCUGGUCCUGA